AUGUCUUCUAAUCGAAUAAGAAAAUAUGAAUCUGGACAUCAAAAACGUCAAAAGAGACAGAGACGAGAGGAAUUCCUGCAAUCUCAGAGAGGGUCAUUGGACAAGUUUGUCAUUAAAGAACCACAAGUUGCUCCCUCCGAUAAUCAAAUUCAGGAAACUGGCAAUUAUCCAAAUAUUGUUGAGACAGAGCCUGAAAAUAAUUCUGAACAAGUUUUUGAUAAUACCAAUGAUCUGGAUAGUUCUCCUGCUGCUGCGAACAUUGAUGAUGCUACUACUUCAAACAUUGGUGAUUCUUCUUUUCAGCCCGACAUAUUCGAUCCAAGAUUGCAAAAGGAACAAACUAUCGAUAAAAUUGCUCAACAACAGCUUGAGAAAGAGAAGGAGCAUUGGAGAAAAGUUCUGUUUAGAAUUAUGGCCAUUGUAAAAUUCCUGGGCAAACAUAAUCUUGCAUUCCGUGGUCAUAACUGCAAACUAUAUGAAGAUAGCAAUGGAAAUUUCUUGGGCUUGAUAGAAAUGCUGGCUGAAUUUGAUCCAGUUAUUCAGGAGCAUGUUCGUCGAAUUACAAACAAUGAAACUCAAGUUCACUAUCUUGGUUCACGGGUUCAAAAUGAACUGAUAUAUUUGCUUGGUUCUGCUAUUAAUUCUGAGAUUAUUAAGAAAGUAAAGCAAGCUAAAUAUUUCUCGGUCAUACUUGAUUGUACCCCUGAUGCAAGCCACCAAGAACAAAUGUCUUUAAUUAUAAGUGUCAGUACACGUUGGGAAAGCCGUAUUGAUAGUGUUAAGGCUAUUAGAUUUCAGUGUGCAAAUAUUCGGGAAGCUCUACUUCAAGUAUCAGAUAGUGAUAACGAUCCAGUGGCAAGCAGUGAGGCUAAAUCUUUGGCAAAUAAUGAACUUGGAGAUUUUGAAUUUUUAGUGGCAAUAGUCAUUUGGUAUGAGAUUUUAUAUGCUGUCAAUGUAGUAAGCAAAGACUUGCAGUCAAAGGAUAUGCUUAUUGACGUUGCCAUUGAGAAAGUUCAGAAUCUCAUUUCUUUCUUCAAACAAUACAGAGAAACAGGUUUUCUAAAUGCAUUGGAGGCAGCCAAAGAAAUUGCACUUGAGAUGGAUAUUGAGGAAUCAUUUCGAAUCAACUACUUUAUUCCUGUUGUAGAUGAAGCUAUCGCCUCACUGACAAGGAGAUUUGAGCAGUAUCAAGGUUAUGAGAAAAUAUUUGGUUUCUUGUUUACUUCCAAUGCAUUGCGAUCAUUGGAUAAAAAGAGCCUGAAAACUUAUUGUCACUAUCUUGAGACUGCACUUAAAAGGGAUGGGCAGUCUGAUAUUGAUGCGAAUGACCUGUUUGUGGAGUUGAGUUUUCUUCAAGAUUUUAUUCCACAGGAAAAUAUGGAUCCUCUUGAUAUUCUCAAUUUUUUGAAGCAACAUGAUUAUUUUUCCAAUGCAACUAUUGCAUACAGAGUUCUACUAACCAUUCCUGUGACUGUUGCAUCGGCUGAGCGGAGUUUUUCUAAACUGAAGCUAUUGAAGUCCUACUUACGCUCUACAAUGACACAAGAAAGGCUAAAUUUAUUGGCUACAAUAGCAAUUGAGAGUGAAAUGUUAGAGAAGAUUGAUUAUGAGUACUUGAAGAUUUUAUUUCCAAGAACACCCAUAGAAUAA